GUCCGGGAGUAUCGUAUUGAAAGCAGAGCUAAAGUCAACAAAGAGCAGCCUGAAUCCUGUUACAGUGCUACUCCAUCAAAACAUUGUUGAGAAGGUUAAUUCUGGAGGAAAACUGCCAACCUGCUGUUUGGACAAGAAUAAACUUGUGAAACAAAGGUCAGCUCAGGUAGCUCAUCAUCUGGAGGCAGAAGUUAUGCAGAAUAUUCAGAUUCAUGCAGUUUUUACAACAUUAAUUCAUCUCGACUGAACCAAAUCAUGGAGCUGAAUUACACUAAACAGAAAUAACAACAUGACCCCUGACAGGUGACAAGAUUAUCUCUUCAUCACGGCACCUGUUAGUCGGUAGGAUGUAUUAAGGAGCAAGUAAACAUUUUCUCCUCAAGUUGGUGUGUUAGAAGCAGAAAAAAUGGGCGAGUGUAAGGAUUUGAGUGAGUUUGACAAAAUAGUGAUGGCUAGAUGACUCGCUGCAAAAAUGGAAAAGCCCGAUUGUGGGGUGUUCCUGCGGGUGGUCAGUUUGUAUCAAAAGUCGUCAAAGGAAGAAACAGUGACCAGUAACUGAGCAUCUGUGGGAUCUACGGGACAAACAAGUGUGAUCCAUGGAGGUCCUUCCUCACAACUUACAAGACUUCAAGGAUCUGUUGCUAACAUCUCAGUGCCAGAUACCACAGCACAUCUUCAGGGGUCGAGUGGAAUCCAUGCCUCACGACUGUUUUGGCAGCAAAAGAGGGACCAACACAAAAUCAGGCAGAGUCAUAAUGUUACGUCUGAUCGGUGAAUGACAUUGCUUUACCUCAGCUGCCACAUUCAACAUGAGACAGGUUUUUGUACUGGUCUGUGUCACUGUGUGAGGAGACAUGAUCUUUGGCUCUGGAGCUAAACUGUACGUAACAGCUACGCCGGUAGCAAAGCCCUCGGUGACAGUGUACCAAGCAGCAUCCAGUGAUCAUCUGGAGGAGAAGAGAUCCCUGCUGUGUGUGGCCUCACAAAUGGUUCCUCCUGUGGUCAAGAUCACCUGGAAAAGCCAGAAGCAGGACGGAUCUCCGCUGGCGGCGCCCCCUGGUGACACAGAACAGCUGGACAUCAUAGAGUCCGAUUACACUGCCAGCAUCUUGUUGAUCCAUCAGCAAGACGAGAACUCACAUACAUAUGGCUGUUCUGUCACACACGAGGGGGGGACGGUGGAGGGUCAAAUAGAGGAAGGAGUUUCUCAAAGUCCACCAAAAGAACUUCCACCAGAUACACUUUCCACCAAUCAAACUUUAACAGAAGGUCCAUCAUCAGAACAUCCCGUGUCUCAAAAACAAGUAAAACUGCUCUGCCUGGUGUACACGGUGCUGAUCACGAAGAGUCUGGUGUACUGCUGUGGAGUCUCUCUGCUCAGGCUCAUCAGACGCAGCCGCAAACACGCAGCUGACUGACUGUUUCCUUCUUCUUGGCUUAUCGCUUUUCAUAUCGUUUAUCACUCAGGAUUUAGAAAAGUCUGUAACAGUGCAGCAUUUUGGUUGUUUUUUUACUUUCUUUUUUAUUUCAAUAUUAAAAAAAGAGCUGAAACAGAAAAGGCUGAAUUAUUAGCUCCCUAGUAGAUGAUUCAUCAUUUAUAGCAUUUGUUUAAUUAAAACAAAGUGUUGCCUGCUCUUCAAAGUAUUUCUCUGCAAUAUUCCGAAUAAAGCAAACAAAAAAAAUCUUGCUUGUUUGAGUUUAAUUUUGUAGAAAACUGCGAGAAACAGCAGCACUCCCAAUAUAUGCUGAUAGGCAACGAGCAGUGGUAAAAGAAGAACAAAUGUUUAAUGAGAUACAAACAGGAUUUUAAAGAAGAUGAGAACAUGAAACCAUAAAUCUGUUAGAUAAAAAAAAAACAUGCAGGUGUGUCUGAGCCUUAUUUUUAGUUCACUAUCAUUGGGACUGCAUAGUCAUCACAUGAUGUGAUAUCAUAGUGUGGAAGUAAAUGUUCAAAAUCAUAAUGUUCCCUCACAAAAUCACAAAUUCCUUCCAGAUGCAAUAAAAAUGUUAAACACAAUGACCCAAUAUUUAUUUGAAUAUGAAAUUAUAAAUGUUAAAAUAAAUUAAAAUUAGAGUUCACCUUGAUUGGUUUAAUUUUGUAAAGGACAUAUUUAGCAGAUGCAUUUGUGAACUCUCACCAAUGUGUUUGUCAUUCAACAACAAUUAGUUCUAUGACCUAAAAUAUUAUUUAAUAUGUUCUCCAUGAUUCGAAGCAGAUAAAACUAUGAAAGCAAACUCCAGUUUUAAGCUCUGUCCUCUUUCAGACAUUGCAAAUCAAAUGUUUCUUUAUACAGAUAGUGUGGUUUUCUUAUUAAAGGAAACAGAAUAAAAACUGUCUAACUAAAGGAACCAAACUAUCAGGAACUCAGUCUUAAAAACGAUAUCAUCUUUACACCAGCUUUAUUUGGACUGUGUGGGGUUUUUUACACAUGCACAUGUAUAUCCUGCAGUGUCUGCAUAUCUAUAUAUCAGUUAUGUAAAUUAUGUGUCAUUGUGUGUUCCAUGUGAGAUUGUUUAAAGCCUCUGAACAAUGUCAUGAUAUCAGUGCAGCUGUUAGCGCUGCGACCCCAUAGCAGCGUCCUUUAGCUUUUAAAACUAACAUGGAUCGCUUUUCAACUUUUUAACUGAAUCUCUUUCAAACAGCUUAAAGUCUGUCAAAUUGUUCUAGUUUUUAUAAAUUUUCCUUUUAUUUGAAUUACCCUGAAUACUGUAUUUACUUUUUCUACUAAACAUUCUGUAUUAAUUUCAUCAAUCGUACUUCUAUUUUUUUGCUAACUUUUGAAAAUGACUAAAACUGAAGUAUUCUGGUAGUUAAGGGGACAGAUGGUCCUAAGAGUCAAGACUACACUACAACGAAUUCAAACACCUGACUUUGUUAAAGCUGCGCAGUAAAAAUAAAUAUACUUUAAACAAGCAGCAGAAAACACCAAAUGUUGAUGAAAUAUUUCUUGAUGCUGACAUCUAAUUUUCCACCAGCAUACAUGAGCUAAAUACUGAAAGCCCUGAUUCCAAACUUAUCAUUGUUUCAUUUAAUGUGUUUAGGUGGAGCAAGUAAAAACAUGAUCAAGUGGAAGUGAAAUAAAAACAUGUGAGGUGAAGCGCUGGUGUUUGUUUCGAGAAGAACAAUAAGUUGUUUGUUUCAGCGGUUUCCAAGUCUGUCUCUGUGUGGUUUGUCUUCUCAUACGAGCAGGAUGUCCGAGACUCAGCGGUGAACUGUUCUCAUGCGAUCACUUCAUAAACUUUAAAUUCCUAUAAUACUGUUUAACUGUGAUUUCUUCCAUAUUCUUUGCAUGAAUGGUGCUAUUUGCACCAAAAAUCUCUCACAUAUACUUUUAAGUUGUGUUCGUCAUUACUGACCACUAAAGUCGAACCUGCAUUCAUGUGAAUAAGCACGUGACCUCGUCUUGAAUGUAACACUAGUGUAGCUCAGAUUAACCUUA